AUGGAAAUGGAUCAAGAUAUGGAGCAACAGAUGGAGCAACAGAUGGAGCAGGAGAAUAUUCAGGAUGCAGAACUGGAGCCAGGGCCGAGACAAGGCCUGAAGUUGAGCAGCCAAAUGAAGAACCAUAUUGUACAGUUCCUACAACAGCAAUGCCAAGCUGGAGCACUGCCCCAUGGUUCAUUUCAAGAGGCAGCCAAUAGAUUCAAAGUGCACAGAAUUACAGUGAGCCGAUUAUGGGGGAUAGCCAAACAGCAAAUGUCAGAUGGGCAGCCUGUUAUCAUGAGGGGCAGAGCAUCAGGAUAUAAAAAGAAAACAGGUACAGUACAUUUGAUGAUGAAAAAGUUCAAACAAUUGUCUUUUCUUGAGAGAUCUUGCUAUAGAAAGCUUGCAUGUAAAAUGGGUGUUAGCAAGACAACAGUUGGUAGAUGGGCAAAGAGUCACCUGAUAAGGCCACAUACAAAUGCCAUAAAACCAGCACUCACUGAAGCAAACAAAAUCAGUAGAAUGAGAUGGUGUCUUACUCAUAUUCAGCCAGCUUUGGAUGAAGGAAAGCUUCUUUAUCAUGCUAUGCACAAUACAGUUCAUAUUGAUGAGAAAUGGUUUUACAUGACAAAAGCUUCAGACAGAUACUACCUGUUGCCGGAUGAGGAUGAGCCUUACAGGUCUUGCAAGUCAAAAAGAUUUAUCACAAAGGUGAUGUUCAUGUGUGCUGUAAGUAGGCCACAGUUUGGCACAGAUGGUCAGACCAUCUUUGAUGGUAAAAUAGGCAUAUUCCCAUUCACAGAACAAGUUCCAGCCAAAAGGAAGUCCAAGAAUAGGCCAAGAGGGACAUUAGAGACUAAACCUAUACCAUCAGUUAACAAGGAAGCAAUGAGAGAAUGUCUCUUGAAUCAGAUUAUUCCAGCAAUCAAGGCAAAGUGGCCAGCCAAUGCAAGCAAGGAUAUCUAUAUCCAACAAGAUAAUGCCAAACCUCACCUAAGAUCUUUUGACUCACAAUUUGAUGAGCUUGCAAGUUCAGAUGGAUUUAAGUUCCAUCUAAUCAGCCAACCAGCUAACUCCCCAGACACCAAUGUAUUGGACCUAGGCUUUUUUAGGGCCAUUCAAUCACUACAAGAUGAUAAAGUAGCAACCAACAUAGAUGAAUUACUGGGUAAUGUCUGGAGUUCUUUUGAGGAACUCACACCACAAACUCUGAACAAUGUUUUUUAA